CCUAAACCAUUGGUUCCUGCCUUGGAGCAGCAGAUGCAGAGUCAGAAAACUGGGCCCUUUUGGACUGUCUCUAGUAAAGGAAACCAUUUAGAGGAGGGACUUUGUGGAGAUUUGGAUACUCUGCCAGACUACUGAAAACUAAUCAUUUUAGGACAGCUGCAUCAAAUACAUCAUUUCCAGCAGUUUGGAUGCUGUUGGCACAAUAUUCUGGCAGAGUACCUGGGCCCUUUGUAGUCGUGAAAAAAACCACUUUCUCCACGAUGCCUGAAACCGUGGAGGAUAAAGCUAAUCCAGAGCUGUAUUCACCACAUCCCAGAGUGCGUGGGAUGACACUGCUCAACAGAGAGGCUUUUAAAAGGACAGUUGUUGUUCCAGCUCUUAAAGUCAAGAAAGAAAUUGUAAAUAGUUCGCUGAAGUCCCUAAAACAGUCGGUCCUGCAGCGUCCCGGUCUGAAGCGAGUGGUUGAGGAUCCAGAAGAUGAGGACAGUAGGCUUGUUAUCCUGGAUCCUCACAAAAUACCAGGAUUCUCACUGGGAGAACCAGAGCAGCAGGCGCUGAAAGAGCUCGGUGUUGAUCCUGAGGUGUCCAGGUACAACCUGGAGCUGACCUACGAGAACUUCAAGUCGGAGGAGAUCCUGCGAGCGGUGCUUCCCGAGGGUCAGGAGGUCACCUCUGGCUUUAGCCGUGUUGGCCACAUAGCUCACCUGAACCUCAGGGACCACCAGCUGCCCUACAGACAUUUGAUUGGCCAGGUUAUAAUUGACAAGAAUCCAGGAAUCACCUGUGCAGUGAAUAAAACCAGUAUUAUUGACAGCACGUACAGGAAUUUUGAAAUGGAAGUGCUCGCUGGAGAGAAGAACCUGGUAACCAAGGUGAAAGAAAAUAAUACUGCGUAUGAACUGGACUUCUCCAAGGUGUACUGGAACCCACGCCUCUCCACGGAACGCGGCCGCAUCGUGGAGCUGCUGAGGCCCGGCGACGUCCUCUUCGAUGUCUUCGCCGGGGUCGGACCUUUCGCCAUCCCAGCGGCAAAGAAGAAGUGCCGCGUGUUUGCCAACGACCUCAACCCCGAGUCCUACAGGUGGCUCCUGCACAACUGCAGGCUGAACAAGGUGGACGCCACAGUGAAAGCAUUCAACAUGGAUGGCAGGGAAUUCCUCCGGGGGCCGGUGCGGGAGGAGCUGAGCAAAGAGCUCCAACUGGUGAAGGAAGAGCAGAGAAACGCUUUCCACAUAGUCAUGAACUUGCCAGCGCUGGCAGUCGAAUUCCUGGAUGUUUUCAGGCAUCUCUUGGUGGGGGAGCCGUGCAGCGCUGCCGCCCUCCCCACUGUGCACUGCUACGGGUUCUCCAAGCACGAGGACCCGGCCAAAGACAUUCAGGAGCGAGCGGAGGCGUCGCUGGGAACCUCCCUGGACGGACGCUGCUCCACGUACCUGGUCAGGAACGUGGCGCCCAACAAGGAGAUGCUGUGCAUCAGUUUCCAGGUCCCAGCAGAUGUGCUGUACAAGAGGCCCUGCCCUGAUGAAGCAAAACCAGCCUCAAAACGUCUGUGUACCAGCCAAGGUUUUUCUGAAGAGAAAUUAUUGAGCUGAAGACUGGAGUUGUGGUGACUACCUUAGUUUGUGCAGAGGGUAUUUAGGGUGCCUCUGGUUUGCCUGUUGAGUUAUUCACAGCAUACCUGCGUUACCCAUCGAGAUGCACAGUGCAUGUUGCAGCUUUCCUUUGGGAGCCCUGCUUCCUGCAUUUACCUUUUUUUUUUUUUUUUUCUUUUAAUUGUGGGGUCGAUAAGCAGAUUGAAACUGUUGUUACUACAAAAAAUUAAAACUUUGCUCUUUUGUAAUAAAUGUGUUUUAGUACUU